AUGUCCAGCGACAAGAUGAAAGCAGUCCACUACGAAGGUCCAUUCAAAGUCUCGGUCAAGGACGUCGAGCUGCCUAAGAUACAGCAUCCGGAUGAUGUGAUUGUCAAGGUUACGACGGCGGCGAUUUGCGGGUCGGACUUGCAUAUGUAUCAGGGACGGACGGCUGCGGAGGCGGGUCUGGUGUUUGGUCAUGAGAAUAUGGGGACGAUUAUCGAGGUGGGGUCGGGCGUGACGCUGCUGGAGAAGGGGGAUAGGAUUGUGUUGCCAGUAAACCCAGGCUUCGCCGGCGGCGCUUACGGCUACGUAGCCAUGGGCCCGUAUCAAGGCGGCCAAGCGCAAUACCUCCGCGUCCCCUUCGCCGACUUCAACGCCCUGAAACUACCCAAAGGAACCGAGCAUGAAGCCGACUUCAUACUGCUAGCAGAUAUAUUCCCAACGGGCUGGCAUGGGCUGGUCCUCGCUGGCUUCCAGUCCGGCGAAAGUGUCGCGGUGUUCGGUGCAGGUCCUGUUGGUCUCAUGGCAGCGUAUAGCGGUAUCCUACGAGGUGCAAGCAAGGUCUUCGUAGUCGACACAGUGCCUGAGCGACUGCAAGCUGCGGAGAAGAUCGGAUGCAUUCCUAUUGACUUCCGGAAGAGCGACCCGGUUGAGCAGAUCAUCAAGCUCAAUGACGGUAUGGUGGAUCGCGCUGUCGACGCGGUAGGUUAUCAAGCCGUGGACGCGUCUGGUAGCAAGGAGAAGCCAAACGUUGUCUUGGACCAGUUGAUCAUGGUGACCCGGCCAACGGGAGGCUUGGGUAUUCCAGGUUUGUAUGUGCCGGCCGAUCCAGGAGCGCCUGAUGAGCAGAGCAAGAAGGGCCAAAUUCUGAUCUCGUUCGGCAAGCUAUUCGAAAAGGGCUUGCAUCUUGGCACCGGGCAGUGCAAUGUGAAGGCGUACAACAGGUAUCUCCGCGACAUGAUUGUAUCGGGCAAGGCCAAGCCGAGCUUCGUCGUGUCGCACGAGAUUAAUAUCGACGACGCGCCGACGGCAUACGAGAAGUUUGACAAGAGAAUCGAGGGGUAUACGAAGGUGUUGAUCCAUCCGAACGGAGCUCUGAACUAG